AAAGUCGCGACGUACCUCGCCGAACGCGGGAUUGGUCGUGUGCCGUCCCUCGAACUCGCGGCCUCAAGAUCGCCUCUCGAGAAACUGCAGCUGGUCCACGCACACUUUCCCGACAUGGACCUCGAAAACUCGCUCAAGCUGGCCGCGACGCUCGGCCAUGACGACGUCGUCGAAUACAUUUUGGCUAAUGGGAUCUCGUCAGUCGAAGCGCUGGAGCUGGCUGCGUGGCGCGGUCACUUUGAGUGCUGUCAACGACUGCUCGCAUACGAGCGCGCUUCGCACCCCGACAACUUGCUUCCCAUAUCCGUCAUCGUCGCCGCCUUCACGGGCGGCAACAAUGCCAUCAUUGAACUAUUGCAUCCGCUCCAGCUCUGGUCCCACGAGUACAUGGACACAUGUGCGAAGUUUGGUCGACUGGAUCUUGUGACUUGGCUGCACAACGCCGGGCACUUUACGUGCUCCCAUAUGGCCAUGGAUAUGGCGGCAACCAACGGCCAUCUGGCAGUCGUCCAGUUCCUCAAGACCCACCGAAACGAAGGCUGUACGGAGCGUGCGAUGAACGGUGCUGCCAGCCUCGGGCAUCUGGACGUCAUCAUCUUCUUGCACGAGCACUGCGACCAAAUGGCCUCUAUUCAUGCCUUGGCGCAGGCAGCCGAGCGCGGCCAUGUUGCCGUGGUGCGCUAUCUGCACAGCGUCAUGAAGGCACCCAUCCUCGACGACGCGCCGAAGCGCGCGGCGCGUGAAGGCCAUUUGGAGGUCGUCCGCUACCUCCACGAACAAGAACUUGGUGAAUGGACACGGAGUGUUAUGGACGCUGCCGCGGCCUCUGGCAACUGCGACCUCGUGGCCUAUUUGCAUACGCACCGAAGCGACGGGUGCUCGCCUGCUGCGCUGGACGAAGCCGUCGGGCGAGAGCAUCUCGAGGUCGUGCGGUAUCUCUGCGAGGUUGUGGAAGUGACGCCGACGGUUGCGCCGUCGGCCCUGCGACAUAGCUCGACCGACGUCCUCUUGUAUCUCGAUUCGAUUGGUGUCAAUGUCGUGGGCGCCCUCCGCGGUAACUCCCACGUGCGGCGGUUUGUUGCGCUCGCCGA